AUGAUAUUUUCCUUUUUACUCUUCCUCGUAGCCUCUAGAGCUGCAUAUUUAAUCCCGAAUGAUGAAGGAUUUGAAAAUAUUUAUAAAUCUAAUGUUACUUUGAUUGUGUUAUUCCUUGAAGGCGAAAAUCAACCAGAUUAUAAAAAUUUCACAGAGAUUAUCACUAAAGUCUCAGAAACUCAAGAAAAUGAAACUGUUCUAGUUAUAACAAACAAAACAGCACCACAUACAUACCACUCUUACAGUUUAUCUUGGUCGACAUUAGCUUUCUUCAAAGGAGGAAAGCCACUCAUGGCUACUCCAAUUUUUCCAAGCUAUGAUAUAAUUAGUCAUGUCGUGAGAACAACAAUUAAUAAAGAAUUCCAUACAGCAAAUGGACUUUCUGAAUUUUUAGGUUUUUAUCACAUAUUCCCAUACACAAUUCUUACGACAAGCGACAAAAUCGAAGAUGCAUACAGACAUUAUAUGGCGUUCAGCUUCUCACACGGUCCAUUUGGCUUUUGUGUCGCAUCUCAAAAAUUAUUUGAACAAAUUGAAUUUCCUAAAGCGAAGAUGGCAGUCUACCGACUUAGUGAUGAGUAUUAUACACUAUUCCAUGACGAAGAAUCCUUCAGAGAAGGCUUACAAGAGUUCGUUUCUUAUGAUAUCGGAUUAGAUCAACUAAACAAGCGUGAAAAGCUUACUUUCUUCUGGACAAGCGAACCAGAAGAAUAUGUUGAUAUAUCUGCUAUCGCAAGAAAACACAAAGAUCAUUAUUUUGGAUAUCUUCAGCCAGAAUUUAUCGAAAAAGCACAAGAAUUCAUGAAAAUAGUCAAUAUUGAUGAGCCAGGAUUCGCAGCUUUCAACUUCUCCUCCAAUUUCAUGUACAAACCUUUAACAGGAAAAUUUAAUCAGCAAAGAAUAGAAAAUUACGUCGAACAGGUAUUAAAAGGCAAAAUUCAAAUAAUUUACCAAUCAGAAAAACCUUCUGAUAACAAAUACGGAAUUGUUACUAAAUUAGUCGGCGAAAAUUACGAAAAAUAUUUAGAUGAUGACAGAAAUGACGAUAUCGUAUAUUACGUACACUCUUAUAACACUAAAUUGCUUGAUUCUAUCAAAAAGUUUGCCGAUUACGUGAAUUCUUAUGAAUUACAAGGAAUUCGAGUUGCAUUUAUCACAAUUGACAAGAAUUCCUGCCCAACAGGUUUCCCUCCGAUCUAUGAAUCACCGCAAAUCUAUUUGUAUCCAAAGGGAAUGCAUAAGAAACCUGUUCCUUACGCUGGAAGCGGAUCAAUCUUUUCAUUACUCAGAUUGAUCAAUAAUAAUGGAACAGCAAGGGUAAGAUUGGAUAAAAAGAUACUCAAGAUCGAAGAAGAGCUCCAAUACAUGACUGAUUCAGAAUAUCAAGCAAGAUAUUUAAGAAAUGAGAAGUAUACACAGUUAGUUGAACAAAAUUACGUUGCUUUUGGACGUCUUCUUGGUCUUGGUAAUAACUACGACCAAAUUAGAGACCAAAUUGACCAAAUGGCAAAGAAGAUUGAAAAUGAAAAAAUGGAAGAAAAAUCAGAGAUUGAAGACGAAAAAACGAUGGAUGAAAAUCUCAUGAAAGAAUUGUAA